AAAUUUUGUUCUGGUUUAAUCGUAUUCCCUGUUCAUUCAUCAUUUCAUUUCAUAUCAAUUUUUUCUGCGAUUCUAGGGAUUUUGGAUUGAGACGAUUUGGAUUCAAUGGAGUCCGAAGAUUUAGAGCUUUAUGAUAUUGGAGGUGCAAUGGAGGAAGAAAAACGGCCAGGGGAGCUUCUCGCAGUCGGCCGUUCAGAUGAAAUCGCAGGGGAUUAUCUCACUGUGAAGCACACCGGCCCUGAUAACGGCGAGAGAUUUUUUCAGGCGGAAAAUCCGGCGCCGCGUAACCGUAUUGCUUAUAACUUCGAAGCUUUGAUCAAACAUGCUGGUGAAAAAGGAGAGAUUACUAUUGGUUUCUCCAAAGAACACGGUCGUGAAAAAGGGGUGGAACACUAUGGCUAUACUUCUAAUACUGGAGUCAUAUACGGACAAGAUGAUCAAGAUGUUGUAUUUGGCCAAACUUUUACCACUAAUGACAUAGUCGGAUGUGGGAUCGAUGGGGUUUCUCAUGACAUUUUUUUCAGCAAAAAUGGGGAGAGGGUAGGUUCAAUCCGCAGGCAAUUGAGUCAUCCUCUGUACCCGACCAUAGCUUUGCAUAACCCAAACGAAGAAGUUUCUGUCAACUUCGGACAGAUGGGGUUUUCUUUUGAUUUUGAGAAAUUUGAAGCAUCAUUGAGGGAUAAGAAAGAUAUGGAAAUUGAAAAGAUUUCCUUGUCGCGAAGCAUUAGUCAGGGGCUUGUCAAAACCUACCUCCAUCAUUAUGGUUAUGAAGAUUCCUUUAGAGCUUUUACCCUGGCUGCAAGUAAAGUUCCUCCUACUGAUGUUGCACAAGAAGCUGGUUUUGAUGAGUAUGAAUUGCAUCUACGGAAACAUCUCAGAGAGCUUAUAAUGACUGCUGAGAUUGAUGCUGCUUCUGCUGAACUCGAGAAUAGAUUUCCCCAACUUAUCGAGGUUGGAUCAGAAGUUUACUUCGUCCUUGUCUGUCAAAACAUCAUCGAAUUAGUACGGAAAGGGGCAAGAGCAGAAGCUAACACAUAUGCAAAGGAGAAGAACUUAGAAGACUUAAGAGAUUCAUAUCAAUUAAAAAAGCUUUUCGAUGGCUGCAAGGCUCUUCUUGAGUGUGAAACUGUUGAUGCUGCGGAUCUUUUAGGAGAGACACAUAAAGCCAGAGUAGCAGACUUUAUCAAUGAAGCAGUUUUAGCAACUAAUCCUCAGUACAAUCCUACUUCACUUGAGCAAGUUCUUAGACAGGUUGGAGCGACCUGCGCCCUCUACCGCUGUUGAUGAGAGAGAGGCUUUUGUUAAUUUGAAUCUUAGUGGUUAUAAAAAAUCGUGUUUUUUUUUUUUUAUGAUACUGAUCUUUGUGUAAACUAAUUUCCAAAUUUCUAAAAAGAAGAAAAGAAAAGGUCGUCCUUAACUGUAUAAUUUAUUGACCAUUUUGAUCUAUGGGAGCUUGAGAAAAUUUAUUAGAAGAGAGAUGAGUAGAUAUUUGUUCAGAACAGAUAAUGACAUAUACGUUUACUUAUCUAAUCAUUUCUUACGUA